ACUAUUCACACCAUGAGCAGAAGGGCAAAAUGGAGCUGGACCUCUGCUUUUGUCGGAGCGGCAUCGGCUCUAGCGGCAACCACUCUCCUCAGCGCGAGGCCAAAGGACCCUACUUUCCAUCUGAUCUCAAUCAAAUUCACCUCCUUCAACCUCAAACUCCCCGUCGUGGACGCGGAUCUCAUGCUGACCGUGCACGUGACCAACCCCAACAUGGUCCCCGUCAAAUACUCCUCCACCACCAUGUCCAUCUUCUACGACGGCUCCCUUCUCGGCUCCGCUGAGGUCAAGGCCGGGUCUCAAAACCCUCGUUCUUGCGAGAUGCUCCGCCUCCCGGCUCGUCUCGACGGCCUGGAGCUAGCCAAUCACGCGUCGCGAUUCUUUGCCGACGUGGCUAAGAGGGAGAUGGUGCUUGAAGCUAAGGUGGACUUUAUGGGCAAGGCGAGGAUGUGGUGGUGGGACCACGGGUUUAAAAUGCACGUGGACAGCCAUCUGACCGUUGAUCCAGUGUUUCUCGAUGUGAUUGAUCAGGAAAAUAUUUCGCAAUUGCAGCUCUUAGUUAAUUAAUUAACUAAUUAAGUUUAAGACUUGUAUUAUCAAAUGGUAGGAAUGCCAUGCGUAUAAAUGAAACAUCUUCAGAUAUAUAUAUAAUAGUCUUUGGAUUGGAUUUCUCUCUCUAAUUUUCA